AUGUUCAAUUCAGCUUGCAAAAGUGGCGCUUCUUCUCUUUUCAAAUCAGGCUUGUUCAAGAAAACCUCCUCUCGGGCAGCUAGUAGUAUUUUCAAGAAGAAUUCUUCUUUCGGAAGGAUUUCAUCAUCAUCCUCGGCAUGUUUUUUCUCGACUAGUAAUAGUGUUGUGAGUGGGUGUUUGAAUUUUCCAUCAUCUUUGGCAUCAUCAUGGAACGGAAUGAAUUUCAAUAAUUUGUGUGUGAGAGGGUUGAAUCAUCAUAAUGGAAUUGCAACAGGUCAACAAGUCCUUUUGAUAGGAGCACCAGAUGAUGACGCAUAA